AUGGUGUAUGUACGCCAGGACAAGCUUCCCGGCCUGAAGCAAUACAAAUACUCGGGCGUUGACCACUCCCUCCUCUCGCGCUAUGUCCUGAAGCCCUUCUACACCAACUUCGUUAUAAAAUGUUUCCCCAUGUGGAUGGCGCCGAACCUGAUCACGUUGACGGGCUUCAGCUUCGUGAUCGUGAAUGUGCUGACGCUGUUGUGGUAUACGCCAACGCUGGAUCAGGAUUGUCCGACUUGGGUUUACUAUAGUUGGGCUGCAGGGCUGUUUCUGUACCAGACGUUUGACGCUGUCGAUGGGUCGCAGGCGAGGAGAACGCAUCAGAGUGGUCCCUUGGGGGAGUUGUUUGAUCAUGGUGUCGAUGCACUGAAUACCUCCCUUGAAGUCUUGGUUUUCGCAGCCUCGCAGAACUUGGGAAUGGGUUGGAAGACGGUCAUGACGCUCUUUGGGUCGCUCCUUACCUUCUACGUGCAAACCUGGGACGAAUACCAUACAAAGACCCUCACUCUCGGCAUAGUCUCUGGCCCUGUGGAAGGAAUCGUUAUUCUGACAUUGGUGUACGCAUUCACAGGCGUCAUGGGAGGUGGCAGUUUCUGGCAACAAUCUAUGUUUCACACAAUUGGCAUACCUCAAUUCUCAUUUAUCCCGUCGUAUAUCUACAAUCUACCUUUCAAUGAAUGGUACAUGAUUCAGGGUGGGACUGUGCUGGUUCUGAAUACCGUUCAAUCAUCCCUGAACGUCAUCAAAGCCCGCCGUGCCCGAGGCGACAAGUCUCGCGGCGCUCUCCUUGGCCUCGUCCCCUUUUUCGUAACCUGGACCCUAAUCCCCGCCUACCUAUACCUGAACCCUGAGAUUUUACACAACCAUCUCGUGCCUUUUGUCUUCUUCGGCGGGCUUGUGAAUGCAUACUCAGUCGGCCAGAUGAUUACUGCUCAUCUCGUGGUGUUGGAUUUCCCUUACUACAACGUCCUGGUUCUCCCACUUGCGUAUGGCGUAUUCGACUCUUUAGGGCCCUUAUUACAGGACAAAUUCGGGGUAGGAUGGCCGAGUGCUCUUGGUAGUGGUGGGUAUCAGGUCGCGUAUAUGUUUUGCAUGCUUGGUAUCGCGAUUGGGGUUUAUGGAAGCUUCGUGGUGGAUGUAAUCGUUACGAUCUGCGAUUACCUCGACAUCUGGUGCUUAACCAUCAAGCACCCAUGGAACGAAGAAGAAGAGGCAAAGAAGGUGCAGUGA